AUGAGUGAUCUCAACUACGUAGAUGUCGGUCAGAAGCUGGUCGCUGCCGUAGGAGACCCGGCAACUAGACUGCAGUUGUUGACUGAGAUCAGAGAUAAGAUCGAAGUAGUGUUUACACCGGAAUAUCCCAAAUUCCUGGCGGCCAUACUUCCAGCGUUCUUCAAAAUUUUUACCGACGAGGAAGCGCAAUAUGUACAGAAUGAUGCUCAGUACAAUAUACCAGGUGUUUAUUUCCUAGAUUGCACUGCAUGA